GGUAAUAGAAGAUUUUCUAUUUAGUGUUUUUAAACUUUUAAAUCUAGUAAUUCCGUCAAAUUCAGUUAAAUAUAGUACGUUGAAGUAAAGUUUUUCGAAGAAAAGUAAUUUUGAGAGAAAAGAGGCAUUUUGUAUGAAAAUUUGUGAUUUAUGUGUGAAUGUGUAACUAAAAUCUGUUUCGUUUAUUAAGAAUAUCCCUGAUGCUUGAGCUCAUAACCAAUAUUUCAAAUUCCGAGAUAACGGCAAUCCUGAGACUUACCAGAUUUGGCGUGGAGACGACAUAUUCCCAAACCCGACCAAUUACCCCAGAGGACAGAUUAAUCCCAAAACUUGAAUUCGAGAUAGAAGUACUGCAGUGGGCAUUGGACCAAUUUGAGAUCCACAUCGCAACGGCUGGCGAAAUUGCACACAUAAAGACGGGAAACACCUACAUUGACCUAUCCUGCAAGUGGGCGAAAUCUCGUUGAACUGGUCAUCUCAUCAGUUUUUCUCCGAAAAUGUCACGAGAGGAUUUGUUCGCUCUCGACGGAGGUAAUUCGUUUUCCUCUGAUAUUCACGGUGGAAGCCAAUUCUCCACCGCUUCACUCACGAAGACGCAACAACGCAAAAUCGACUAUAUUAAGAAACUCAAAAUGUUCAAGAAACCGUCAAUCCCACAGCGAUGUCAAGAAUACAUUAAUCGUCGUAUUAUGUUAAAUAAGUUACUAUUUUUUGAUAAAAUUGUACACCCGUAUUAUGAAAGAGUUAUGUCGUUUAAGUUAAGCCCAGAGAAUUUGGAAAUAAGGAAAGUAGAUGAAGGAAAUGUAAUGUUAAUUAAUGAUGAAAAAAGAUUUAAGUUUAUGUGCUCACAUUUGUCACAGCAGAAAGAAAUAGCAAUUGAUACCGAGUUUGGUAAUAUGUAUUUUUAUAGAGAAUGUAUUGCUUUAAUUCAGAUUUCGAGUUAUGAUUAUGAUUUCAUAGUAGAUCCAUUUUUAGUGUAUCCUUUUAUGAAAGAGUUUUUAGAGCCAAUUUUUCUGAAUGAAAGUAUUUUGAAGUUAGUUUUUUCGGAAAAUGAUGUACCACGAUUUCAGCGUGAUUUUGAUAUGUUUUUUGUCGGAGUUAUAGAUUUACAGUCAGUUUAUUGUACUAGGUUAAGUAUUAAUCAGAAAGAAAGUUUAGCGAAUGUAGUUAAAAAUUUAUUAGGAUUAGAGUUAAAUAAGGAAUAUCAAGGAUUCUAUUGGAUUACAAGACCGUUACCAGUUAGAGCGAUUGAAUAUGCUAGAAAAGAUAGUAGAAUGUUGUUAUGCUGUUGGAAUAAGUUCAAGGAAAUGUAUGGAACCGAAAAUGUAAACCUGAAUGAGUCAAAAUUAAUUUGUAGUAAUGUGUAUAAGUUCCCUAAAUGUAAGAAAACCCCAAUUUCUGAUUACACAAAAUUAAUAUCAAAUGGUAAAAAUAUUAUCGUAGGAAAUAAGUUUGAAAUUUAUGAGAAAAUUUGGAAAUGGUGUAAAGAAGUAGCUCAGAUUAGAGAUCAAAAUAGAGAUUUUAUAACAAAGAAUCAAACACUUAGAUUAUUACAGUUGGAAAAAUUUAAUUUCGAAGUUGUCAAGAAAAUAUUAGAUAAAAUACAAGAUUCAGAUAUCAAAAAUUUAUGUUCAAUUUUAAAUGAGAAAAAGCAGAUAGAUAUGGAGUGGAUAGAAAACGAGAGAAAUUUUGAAGUUAUGGAAGGUAAUUUUAAUUUUGAAGUACCUCGUGGAGGUUCUGUCGAGUUUGUAGAAUUAGAAGAACCGGUAGAUGCAUUGGGCACUCCCGGACGUUUUAACGAAAUUUCGGAAGAUGCAUUGGGCACUCCCGGAGUGGUUAAAGAUGCGAAGGAUGCAUUGGGCACCCUCGACAUGGAAAUACAUCAACCUAUCAAAGAUGUUAGUAAAUAUUUUAAAGUUCUCUCAGUUUCUACCGAACCAUGCGUAGAAGAGUUAAAAAGACAACGGAAAAUUAGAAAUUAUCAGUCUAGGAAAAAUUGGAAAUUAAAGUUUAAAUUGGAAAAUGAGGAGAGACUUAGAAAAGGGUUAUCACUGUUAAAAAAGCCGUAUUCCAAAGGAAAAGCUUGGAGAGAAAGAGGAGCCCUUAGAAAACGCUUAGGGUUACCAAUAGGACCGACCACUUUCACCACAAGGAGGUGAGAGGGGGCUUUUUUGAAGGGGUGAUAGUAUAAAUGUAGACAUUUAUUAUUAAAUAUUCAUAUGUAGGAGUAAUCAAAUCAUCUAUUGAGUGGUUUGUAGCUAACACCAGACUAAUAGGAAAAUAGACUAAUAAAAGAAUACAUGGUACCAACACAAGUUAAUAGGAAGGCUAAUACGUAAGAGUGGUCACGUACGCACUUUCUACCUUACUCUAGUUAUUUAUAUCUUGUAAUAGUUACUUAUAAAGACAUGUCUUGUACAAUUCGGGGGAGUCUUCGGUUGAGCUUCGGCUGAGGAGCAUCUCUUGGCUGUGCUCCAGCUUAGAAUUAAUAAAUACUUCUUGUUCCUGUUAAACUCCAUUGUGGCCACACCGUCCCUUAUUCCGCAUACGGGGGAACAUUCAGUCACACCCACUACCUACACCCAAACAGGCUUCAUUACUAUAGGCACCGCCAAUAAACAGAAGGAUGGCCCUUGGAUUCCCAGCAGAGGAUUGGUUUGAAUAGACGGAUAAGGCAUUUUAAGGCAUUAUUUAUUUAGGCGAAUAGCGUUACGGUCAUUAUUAUGAUAAGAUUAGGCUGAGGGUCUUGCAAUUUCUGUGGAGAGCGAUUACAAAUACGUAUCUUACUGAAGCUUGCUCAUAUCUUGUUAUCUUUUGGAUAUGCCGUAGGACACAAUACGUGCAUAAAAACCUAUACGUUGUCUUAACCCAGAGCCGAAUUUUCGCUCAACAAAGCUACUCAAAUGAUUUUAUACCACCAAUAUCUCCAUACUACAGAAUCAGCGUUAAAACUGAAAUUUACAGCUAAUUUUGCCAACUUAUGUAACUACUUUGGUUCGCAAGGUUGCCACGAAUUUUAUCCAAGGGCACUAAAAUUAACGUAAUUAGUACUAUCAAGUAUUGGGAAUGAUCAGGCAACUUUGCCCUUGUGCAAAUUCACAUAUUUAUUGUUUACACCAGCCA